AUGCGUGUUGACAGGAUCGCCCGCAUUUUCCAGAUCAACAUGGAUAGCCUGUACAUCACUGAUGCCGCAAACGUUGCAAUAUUUCCAGUUGAGAGUGGGUGUUUCAGCUCAUUGGACCUGUCUAACCAUGGUCAUUAUGAGGUUCAUGGAGAAGUUGGGGACACUGCAGGGACCCCAAGAGCCCCAGCUGCAGCUCCUUCGCCACAGUUUGCUUUUCGCAAUAGUCAACCUGUGACAACUGCAAACAUGAGCCUGAUGUCAAGAUCAGUGACCACACCUCGCUCAUUUCAAAGGUCUAUUCAUGUGUCAGAAGUAAUGGACGGGAAGCUUGUACCAACGCGGGUAGUUGUGGUGAGAUUUGUUGAAGCAGAGGCAAGUGUAUCUGUCAUCCUAGAGAAACUGAAGGUGGCCAUGGGAGAUGAUGAGGACUACAUCUUUACCGACACACUUGGCAAUGAAAUUGUGGAGUCAGAAGGAACAAGUGGGUCUUUGUAUUGGAGACAGAAUGCCAGAAAGACCUAUGCCAUUGAGAGUACUGCAUUCCGGCAAUGGCGUCGGCAACGGCGUAGCAGAAAAGAUGCUGUCCAAAUGCUGAAGGACCAGGUGGAAGAACUGCUCGAUGCAUCUCAAGGGCUGGAUGAAGUAACCAAAAGAUACUAAUCUGGUGACCGUCAGCCGUGAU